UUGUGCUGGUACUUGGAAAAAACAGAAACCCCGAGAGCCAGAAAUCCCGACUUUUUGCAAAAUCAUAUGUGCGUUUGGUGAGUAAUAAGCACUAAAGAAGUAAAAUUUAGAUGGCCUCGGGAGGCGGCGGCGCCAACGGCGGAGGAGCGGCGGUGGAGUGGCACCAGAGACCGCCGAACCCUAAAAACCCCAUCGUCUUUUUUGACAUUACUAUUGGCAACAUCCCUGCUGGCCGUAUCAAGAUGGAGCUUUUUGCUGAUAUUGCCCCAAAAACUGCAGAAAAUUUCCGGCAGUUCUGUACAGGUGAAUACAGCAGAAAAGCUGGAUUACCUGUUGGGUACAAGGGUUGUCAGUUCCAUAGAGUGAUCAAGGAUUUCAUGAUUCAAGCUGGUGACUUUCUGAAGGGUGAUGGCAGUGGAUGUGUAUCCAUUUAUGGAAGUAAGUUUGAUGAUGAAAAUUUUGUAGCGAAGCACACUGGACCUGGGCUACUGUCAAUGGCAAAUAGUGGGCCAAACUCUAAUGGGUGUCAGUUCUUCAUAACUUGUGCCAAGUGUGACUGGCUUGACAACAAACAUGUAGUUUUUGGGCGUGUGCUUGGAGACGGUCUUUUGAUCGUAAGGAAGAUUGAGAAUGUAGCCACUGGACCCAACAACCGACCUAAACUGGCUUGCGUUAUUGCGGAAUGCGGAGAGAUGUAAAACACAUAUGCUGUGCUCAAAGGGAUCACUUUAACAUAUUGAUCAUCUGGUGACUUACCAACACAACUUUCCUGAACUAUACUUGCUGUAUUAGUCAACACUAACUAAUUUCAACUUCUACUGGCCGAGCAGAUGCUGAUAACUGUAUUAGUUCUGGGAUGCCUUACCAAACCUUGCAACAAAGAUUUGUUGCUCAUUUCUUGUUGAAUAUUUAACGAAAACCUGCAUCUCUGAAUAUCAUACGUCUACGUUUAGCC